AUGUUCAUGAGAAGCAAGCCAAUCAAAUUUGGAUACAAGUUUUGGUGCCUCUGUAGUUACAAUGGGUACCUUUUCAAUUUUGAUCCGUACUAUGGCAAAGGAGAUAGUGAUAGCAAAGAACCACUAGGGAUGAGAGUAGUGAAAAAAUUGACUGAUGUUUUGCCAUCAGGAGAACAAUCAUAUCAACUGUUCUUUGAUAAUUUCUUCACAAGCAUUGAAACUCUUGCAUUGCUUCGAGAAAAACAUUUGAAGGCCACUGGAACAAUUCGAGAGAAUUGUUGUAAGAAAUGUCCAAUGAUUGAUUACAAGACCAUGCAGAAGAAAGAAAGAGGACAUAUUGAUUACAGAGUUGACUGCACAAAUAAAAUACUUAUCACCAGAUGGAAUGACAAUAAACCUGUUUCUGUUGCAACAAAUUAUAGUAGUGUAUACCCAACUGUCACUGCCAGGCAGUACUCACAAAAGGAGAAGCAACACUUGAAUGUCAAUAUGCCUAAAUGCAUAUCAGAAUAUAAUCAUAACAUGAGUGGUGUUGAUAUGCUUGACAAACAAGUUUCACUUUAUAGGACUCGUAUACGUGGCAAGAAAUGGUGGUUCCCCAUGUUCACGCAGUUUUUUUAUAUCACCGUUGUGUAUGCUUGGUGCUUGUAUCAGGAAGCAUCUACUGAUAAAACAAUGUCACUCUUGACUGCACGCAGGAAAAUUAUACUCAGUUACCUAUCGAAGCCAACUGCUUCAGAUUGCAAGCGUUCAGGGCGGAAGACUAAAAUUUCAAAAGGCAGAAAGAAAGUGAAGUACCUGGGACAUAGGAGAGAAGACAGCAUCUGUACUGAUCCAGAGAAGGUGGCAAAUAUGAAGGGUUAG